GCGUUUACUGGCCUUCUUUGCGCCCAGCUUCUCCUUCUUCUUCUUCCCCCUGUCAUCCCAUUUCGAUCCUUUCCCUAAAACCUUUUCCAAGGAAAAAAUGGGAAUAGCUACAACAGCAUCUAGAACCGCCCUCUUCAGUUGCUCCUCCAAACUUUUCUUCUUAAAAUCCCCUUAUUCUUCCUCAUCUCUCUCCCUUCGCUCCUUCUCCUCUGCCACCCCAUACCCCCUCUACUACGAGCUCAUCAACCACCGGCCCGUUGGCAAGAACCCUACUCCUCGCCACCGCCGCCAAUGCCUACCCGAACCUGUACCCGAACCGGAACCCAAACUCCCCAUGGACCGGUCCAAGCGCAAGUACUACCGCAAGCGUGCCCGCUUCAUGUUCGGUGGAGACUCUGACUCCGAUUCCGGCAGCGGAUCCCACAACAAUGGUGAGUUUGUUGAGCUGAAGCCGGAGGUUGUGGACUUCCCCAGGCUUCACGCUCGUGAGCAGGAACUGUACUUCCAUGACGCCUUCGCCUUUCCCUGGGAGAAGGACAAGCAUUAUCGAAUGGUUUAUCAGCUCGAAAAGAAGUAUUUCCCCGAUCAAUCCCUUGAUAAAGCUUUCACCCAUCCCGAUUUUCAGCAAGUUGAGACCAAGAAGACAACGAAGAAGAACAAGGAGAAUGAAAGGGAUGAGAGGUCUUUGGUUUUCUUUGAUGAUUUGGAGAAGGAGAAGGAGGAGGAGGCGGGAGAUAAGGAAAGGGGUGUUUCAGAGAGGAAAGUGCAAGAGUUCUUCAGGUGCUUGAACAAAUUCCCCAGUGAGGAAAAAGGAGCAAAAGGGCGGAGAAGAGAUUUUCUGGUUGCAGAGGUGGAUUCAGAGCCUUUCCUUAUUUCAAAGAGAACCGAGUUCCCACCAAGAUGGGAUGGGCUGUAUGGAACGGUGGUGCUUGUGGACAAACCUAAAGGGUGGACUUCAUUUACUGUUUGUGGAAAGCUACGUCGUUUAGUCAAAGUGCAAAAGGUUGGUCACGCAGGCACGCUUGAUCCUAUGGCAACUGGUUUACUUAUCGUUUGUGUUGGUAAAGCUACAAAGCUGGUAGAAAGAUAUCAAGGGAUGAUAAAAGGGUACAGUGGUAUUUUUCGAUUGGGAGAGGCUACAUCAACUUGGGAUGCUGAUUCUCCGGUCAUCCAACGAGAACCAUGGGAGCAUAUAAAGGAUGAUGACAUAAAAAGAGUAGCUACAUCAUUCAUUGGAGAGAUAUGGCAAGUGCCUCCAAUGUUUUCAGCCAUAAAAGUAAAUGGGGAAAAAAUGUACGAUAAAGCAAGAAGAGGAGAAACAGUUGAGCUGUCACCACGACGCAUAUCAAUCUAUCAAUUUGAUAUUGAACGUAGCCUAGAUGACAGGUACAUAUGUCAGAUCUCUUUGUGCAGACUUGGGAAAGGCUCUUGGAAGUUGUGCUCAUUUGACAGCAUUGCGGAGAGACUCAAUUGGGGAAUAUUCAGCAGAUGAUGCAUGGAGUUUUCCGGAACUACAAGAGCAGAUCACAAGGGGAUACCUUUAGGGACAGGAUCCAAUAGUAAACCGUCUGAAGGUCAUCAGUCAUGAUCCUCUUCUUUCUACUACUUAUUUUACCCCCCGCAAUUGAUAUAGCUACUCGUCCUAUUUUUUGCUUUGGUGGAUCAGGCUAACGCACAGGGAGGCAUGUGCGCAGUUCCAGGUAGUUUGUUUCAUGCUUAAUAGUGCAGGACUGAGCACUGGUAGUUUUGUACUUAGAUUUUGGAGUGUGAUUAUUUGUGCUAUAUUUUGUCUACCAGUGAUAGUAGUUGAAAAGCAUAACUGAGUAUUGUUGCUUGUGGCAUUGGUUGCUCUUUGUUCGCAUAUAAAACAAGGACAAAAUGAUCAUUUUCCCAUUGGUGAA